GCCGGAUCUAGGCCUCCUAGUCCAUUGAUGAUUGAAUCCGAGGUUCUCGUUCACCCAUUCAGAACUUUCCAAAUCCUCUUUUUCCAUCUCUGUAGCUUUCCUCAAGGCACAGAACUGAGGCACGCUCGUUCUCGUGUAACGGUGAGAGAGAUUCGGCAAGACCUUCCGUCUCUCUCCACUCCAUGGAUGCCAUGUAUCUCACCCAAGUGCUUAGUUCUUCUUACCCAGCCCGCUCGUGAGAUAUCCGCACUACCCUUGCCAAACAAAACCGCGAGCUCCCGAGGAGCUUUGCUGUUACCCAAUCUAAGCUCCUUCGAGACAAACGGCGCGACCAGGCUAGCCCUACAGAAGAGCGAGAGGAAAGGGACACCCCGUUGCUCGGGUCAUUCUCCUUCCGCCCAUUGACCAAUACCCAUCCCACGCGACGCCGGUCUCGUUCAUAAACAGCCCGUGUUCCCCUCCGUCUGCUUCACACCUGACAUUUCACCAUCUUAUCAAAUCCAAUUCCUAAUACCUGUCCUCUCUCCGCGCUGUGCGCCUCGAUACCCAAAGUCUUCUCACAUCAAACUACACACAUAACACCAAACUGUCAACAUCACCAACCUCACUCACCUCAACCGCCAAAACCCAACCACCAACAUGACCCGCCUCCUAACCCCCCUCCUCCUCCUCGCCUCAACAGCAACAGCCCACUUCUCCAUGACCCUCCCCAAACCCCUCGGCGACUCAGACGACAACGAGGCCACCGCCCCCUGCGGCGGCUACACCGCUUCCUCCUCCUCCGCAGCAACAGACUUCUACGUCGAAGGCGAUGCCAUCGGUAUGGAAAACGGCCACCCGCAGACAAACUGGCUCUUCCGCGCCACGCUCGACCAGACCGCCGCCUCCGGCUGGACACAGCUGUUCCCGAUCGUCAUGCAGACCGGCCUCGGAAACUUUUGUGAGCCCAAGAUUGCGGCGCCGGGGAACUGGACGGGAAAGAGAGGUAUCGUUAGCGUUGUUGCGCAUUCACCUGAUGGGCUUUUGUACACUUGCGCCGCAGUAAACUUCGUCUCCGGCACAGCCCCAACCCGCUCAGACUGCAAAAACGCAACAGUCACCGUCGACUUCACCUCCGACUCAACCCUCACAGCCCUCCUGAGCGCCAGCGGCUCCUCAAGCAGCGGCAGCCCCUCCUCCGGCUCCUCCUCCGGAACCUCGACCCCGUCCGCCUCGGCCUCGAGCACCGCAAACGCCGCGCCCGGUGCUCUGGUCGGUACCGUCUUCUCUACCGGCGCCGUGGCUGGUCUCUUGGUGUCGUUGACUGCUGCUGUUGGUGGGGCUGCCAUGUUCUUCUAGAGUUUCCGAGAAGUCUGGUGAUAACGGAUGAUCAUGGCUGGGAGGAAGUGUAUACUAGUUGCGACUCUUUAUAUAUGACCAUGGCCAUCUAAGAGACAUCGCAGCGCCUGGAAUCUGGCUGCCGCCAAUAUUAAAGAAGCAUUUUGUUCGGAGUGUGCAGAAUCAAGUGCAAGCAAAUCGCUGCCAACGGCCCAUAAAGCAUCAAUGAAAAUUCGAUGAUGCGGUAAUACCGGUGACACACGCAGACCAUAGAUUGACGAUGCGCUGCUCAAUUGAGAGUCAAAACAGGGUUGUAAAGAAUUCACUGCUUAAGCAACUGGACUGCACCAUGGGCCUUCAUAGCUGGAUUAUGAUAAAAACCGUUGUAUGUAAGAGGCGUACGGCCUGUCUGUUAUAUAAAGUACACGAAGCGAAUUCGAUCGCCAGUAACCAUCCCUCCGUCUAUGGGUAAUCAUAACAUAGUAACCAGAGUAAUCCUUGAAUCAGGGAAUCUACGCUCGCCCCCGAAUCCGCCACGGCCCCCGCGCGCCGGCAGCACCCGCAGCACCGACGCCAAAGUUGUGAAGCCUCUCCCCGAUAAGGUAGGCCUCAUCUCUUAUACGCGCCUUCCAGUUGUUGAAGACGCCAACAAUACUCCAGAAUGCCAUGGCUGCCAGUGCGAUGAACGCAGCCGCCGGAUAAGAAAGACGAUAGAUCAUCUUGAGUUCGUGGGGCGCAGGUACAGGUACGCCGAACAUGCCUUGUGACUCCAACAAGCCCAUGACAUACGGGGGUCCGAAGAUCGCCAAACAGCCGAUGAGCAAACCGGGCACAACGAAAGCCCUCGUCAGCACGAGAACAUCAGGCUGGAGCCAUCCACGACGAAGAACCGCGCGGACGGCUUGCGCCAAGCGAGUGCCCUCGUACAGGCUGGUGAUGGCCCGCGCUCCAAGCUUGACGUAGAGCAAUCCCAGAGUCCAGGAUUGUAUGACUCUCGCCGUGUGCUGGUUCGACACCACAAUGCCGUCUUUGAACUGGCCACCAUUGUUGGUUCCGACGACAUAAGGUGUCGGAGGAUACAUGUAAGUGUGAAGAGGAAUGAGGCAAUACAAUUCCAUAAGUGCCGUGAGGAUGAGAGGGAAAACGACCAGAAGGAUUGUGUAUGCGUAAGCAAGCCUGGCAGUAUGGAUGCCCAUCAGCGCAAACCGCAUGGGAGCAUCGCUCUGCCACACAGACUGCAGGUUUGAAGAUGCCCACGUCUUCAUUUUGUUGAAGAUGGAGCGAGCAUGGAAUAGGAAAUAUGCCGUCGAGCCCAGAAUGUAGAUGCCGAUGCUGAAAGCAUAAAUGUCGUUGGUACGAAUGUGGGCUGGGAUGAGGACCUUGAACAUCUUGCGUCCGAACACGAGGGGUAUAAUUGUGAAGCUGACGCCUGUGACGGCGGCAAAGAUCCAGAUGAACAUGAUGAACAAAAAGACCCUGGCACGGAAGUGUGGAGGAAUGUACACCAGCUGGUACUGGUCCGUGGAGUAAAGGUCGGCAUCGGGCGUGUCAUCUUUGCCAUCUAGUCGGGAGUUGCUCUCAGAAACCGGCAUGAACACGCGUCGUCCCUUAGGAAUCUUGACCUGGUCCGACGCAGGAGUCCGAACAAACUGGCCCUCUUCAAUCAGCUGUCCAGUUUGAACGAGGCUUGCUUUCUUGAUGCUGAGGAUGACCAUCUGGUCGGACGCGAUGGCAGAUGUCGGCUUCGCCGUGCCACCUUCAAACGUAUCUUCCCACGUCUUGGGCACCACCUUGUUUUCUUUAUUGACUUCGAGGAGGGCUCGUCUCCACCAAGGAAGAGCAAGCUGAUCCGAGCCAGGACGCAGCGCUAGGAUACCCUCUUCGUCGAUGCGGCGUUCGCCAAACAAAAACCAAGUCAAUCGUAGGCCUCUGGCGCACUUGCGGAACCACCAGGUGUACAUGGCAUGCAGGCCGUCGCUAGGCUUGAAGAACUUGACUGCCAGAGGCAUAGCAAAGUUGUAAAACAACAGGUCGACGGGGAAUUCCAAGACAGGCUCAUUGGAAGAGUAGUGAAUCGGCAAGACGCUCGGGAGAGACAGAGCCAGGCCCCACACCACACCUCCGAGACAAACGAUGACGAGUGCGCCGUACACAAACGCAGAGAAUAGAAUCUUUCGCAAUUGUGUGACGACGUUGCGUUCCAGUACAUCGCGAACGGGGUGGAAUUCGGGAUCGUCUGGAUCGCGGAUGAAAUCUGUACUGAUUAGUCAAAGUGGUAACUGACAAAGACAGCAUAAACUUACAGAGGACGCCUUUCCGCAUGAUCUUUCGGCACAUGGAAACAAAUAGGGCAAAGUGGAACAUGUACCCCGUUCCCACGAACCAAUGUACGAAGAUGGAGGUGAGCGGAAAAUUGACGGUGAAGGCGACUCGCGAUUUCAAAGUGGUUGCUUCGAAGAGGGGCAACAAGGCCACGUCCAAGAGGAGGCCGCAGUACAGUGGAAAGAUGAGCAUCUCAAUGCUGAUGAUGAGAAUGACCUUCAUAACGCCACUAGCUUGGUUGAGCAAGUCGAUCAAUGAAGCUUCCCAAUCUUGCCCCGUCUGCCCUGUCGAGAACGGUGAACCACGCUUCAGGUAAAGCGCGCUAAUUGCUGAAAAGGUGAAGUAGCCGCAAAGAAUCGCCCAGAAUCGAUCCGUGCCUGACCAGUACGAUAGUGCAGGGUUGACGGCCGUCGAGGGCUCGGGCACACUAAAGCUGAUCACCCAUGAUCCGGGAUUGAGGAUGCUAAUGGGGACAUCGCGGACGGCGUUCCACGCGUACAUGGGUGCAUUCGCCGCUAGUGACGCUGCAUACUUAGUAUUGGCUAUGAGGUCGCGGUCGAAGAUGGCCCCAAGUAUGUCUCCUACGGUAGCAAAAGACCCAGAGAGAAGGGACUUGAAGCUAAGUAGUGCUUCAUGACUGAUGGCGGAAAAGUUUUGCAUCUCGGUGGUUGAAAUGAUGGGUAGCUCGCUGGUCAGGCUCUCGAGGACCCUGGUUGAAGCACUCGUGAAAAUGUCGAACGUCUUCUUCAUGAGUAAGCCAACACCAUUCUUGGCUGGGAAGCCCAUCAUGCGUCCUGUUGUGUAGAUGAAGCACAAGGUCAGACUGGUCAGACCGCUCAUGAUGCCAACAGCAACGUCCUGGAUGAACUUUGUCGCGCUAAAGAGCAUUCUCACAAGGCGCAUCGGGUUCAUGGCAGCCCAGACACUGACGCGUCCCAGGUUGUAAGGAAUGAAAACGCAGACGAAGAUCGUGACAGAGACAAGCACGACGCAGAAGAUGGCAUUUUGGAAGAGACCAGCGAUGGGACCACGCAUACCGAUCAAUUCCAUGAUACCCUCGAAAUCUUCGGCGUCGUCAAUCGCUUCGGGGUCAAGGCCGGCGGCGACGGCAGCUUCCACGACCUCACGGUCUUGCUCCACGGCGUCUUGCUCGUCAUCAUCCAAGUCAUCGUCAAAGUCAUCGUCGUCGCUGUCAUGAUCAUGGUCGUGUUCAUGAGCGGCAUCGUCAUCUCGGCCGCCAAUAUCCAACUCUCGAACCUCGAUGUCGCCCCACAUGAAAUCGGCCACACGGUCCAUGACUCCCCGCUGAAGGGGCGGCCGCUGGGCUGGCUGACCAGCUUCGGUAUCUUGAGGCAAGCCGUUGAUGUCCUCAAGGGGCUCUUCGGGCAAGCCAACGAACUGCGCCGGGACGACGACAUCGGGCAGCUGCACCUCUGGCUCGUUGAAUCCAAAAAGCCCGUCCUCGUGAAUCGGUUCAACUGUCUCAAAAUCGUGAUCUGCAUCGGAGCCAAAAUCUGGGGUAUUGCUGCGCGGUGGCGUGAAUCGGGCUGGGGGUAGACCGAAUUCUUGUCCUUGCGGAUCAAAGCCAAAUGAUUGCAUUGGCUCUUGAGCCAGGGGUUCGGCCUGCUGCGGUGCAGUAUUCAAGCCGGAAAAUGACCAACUGUUGUUCGCAAGUGGGUUGAUGCUGUUGUUCAUCUGAGGGCCGUCUGAAACGGAGCGAGGCCGAAGAGGACUCUGGAAUGGAGUCGACCUCGAAGGGCUUGCGUCUUCCUCUCCCAGACCGGACUCAAAACCAAAAUCUGUCAGAGCUUCCUUCUCUUUGCCCUUUCCCGUUCCGUCGGUACUACCCUCGCCAUGCGUUUGCGGCGGCCAUGAGAACUGUGGUGUUGAGGGGGCGGGAAGUUGGACCAAAAAUGGGGACGCGGCUUGCGAAUCUCGGGAAGCGGAAGGUCCUUCAGGUCCAGGUUGGCUCUUUUUCGACUGCGAAGCACCCGAUUCCCGGUUCUUUUCCAUCAUCGACUUGGUGAUCCUUGCCCAAUAGCCAAGUGGCUCAUCCAACUUCUCCUCCUCAAUGAUUUUAAGAAUCUUCUCGGGAUCACCAUUGGCCUGUCGGUAGAUACGAAGGUAUUCGUGAACAGUUGCCACCGGGGUCUGCGAGUCCUUGUUGGGACCGCCUUCGGGUGGUGUAUUGAAGUCGAAUUCGGGUUCAGGUCCUCCUUGGGCGUGGGAUCCGAAACCACCGUGUCUCCUUGCCGCCGGCAAACCCGCCGGCAGCAUAGGUGCUGCGAGCUCGGGCAUCGGUUCCCGUUCAUCCCAAGCCAUGUGAGGUAAACCAUCCUGGCUUGCGCGUCGACCGCCGGUGAAUGAUUCAUCGUCAUCAUCCUCGCUGUCACUUGGCCCUCUCAAAUUUGCCGCGCCAUAGUCAUCGAGCAUGCCAGCACCAUCGUGCGCGUGUGCGUGCUCGUGUUCAGGAUCAUGGUCGUGGAAAUGUUGCUCAUGUUGAUGUUGCGGUUCGGGCUGCGGUUGGGGUUGUGCGUUGUCGUUGGCGGCAAAGGCGGCUCGCAUAUUGAUUUCGGGUUGUUGCUGGACAACAUAGUCGCGGACCAGGAUGACGAGAAUGAAGGAGAUGAUGACCAAUAUCGUGAUAAUCUGGCCCUCUAGGACGCCGAUGAUGGUGCGGUUUACAACGGGGUACCGGGUCAUAUUGCGCAGCCAGGACACGCCGCUCAACAAAGAAGGAUGACGGUCGAGAACGGGGUCACUCGUGCCGACAGGCACUGAACUGGAGUUGGUAGACGCGGAGGACGUGAUGGAUCCGAGCAGCAUCCUCAUAAGGGCUGCCGUCAUUGAGUCGUUGGUGGUAAUGUUGACGCCGUGGAACGACCUGCUAAAGGGCAGUUCCUGACCUUGAAUGAUAUCCUUGAGCAUGCCUCCCAAGUUGGCCGGUGUCGUGGUGGGCUCGAGCAGAGGCGAAGCAGGGCAGACAUUGGAAUUAGCGACUGAGAAUGCCACCGAGACGCCUCGGCUCACUGUUGCGUUUGAGCUGUUCCAUAGAGCGCCACUACCCAGACCUUCGUCGCUGACCCAGAACAGGAAGGCCCAGACUGAGCGCAUUAGGUAGGGCAACCAGCAAAGCCAAACGCUAAUGACCAGUGCGGCUCGCAGCCAUACCAGAACGUUUCUGAAGAGGUAUUUGGCCAUGUGGCCGACGAAGACGUGGGCCGGGAGAGUCUUUGGCAUUUUGGGCGAGUAGAGCUUGGUAAAGCGGAAGGGUGUUUUGCACAGCUCGCAGUGCUUCUUCUGGGAGUGUGAAAGCCACUCCAUCAAGCAAUCUUGGUGAACGUAUUUAAUACUGCCGCUGCAUUUGCAUGGAUAGAAGAGCGGUUCUUCGGCGGUCGCCUCGCCUCUACAAAUGCGGCAUGUAUCGGGGUCGAGGACGCCGGCAUCGUUGGCUUGGGAUCGUGGUUUGGCAGCAUCGUGAGAGAUGGAAGCGGGCUUCGAAGCCGAGAACCGUCGGCGGGAGUGCGCGUAAGCAUCGGCGGCUGCCAGCGGUUCCAUCGCGGGGUCGUCCAUAAUGAUUCAGUCGUCGAAGUUGGCGGGGACUUGAGCCCUUUGCAGAAGUGUUUCGUUAUUUAGGAACGCAUGAGUGCCUUUCGAAGCAAGGCCGACACGGUGAGAACGGAUCGACAGCGGAUUCGGGGUGGAAAUAAUCGACAAUGAGAUGUCGGUGGGAUCGAGAGGUCCGACGUAAGUUCUUUGGUCGAAGCUGCGCGUGCCUAGAUAAUUAUCCGAGUGAACAGAUUGCGGGGGAGCGCGGGCUGCUUUGCAAUGCUCAAGUGACAGCAAACGGCCGCAGCUCCUGCUCUAGACGGCGAGAAACAGUGGAGAAAAAAGGAGAAGCUGGUUGGGUAUCAUAAAUCGUCAAGUCAAACAAGCCGCUCCAGGAUGUUGUGAGGUUGUAGACGCAGUUUCGAGACGGAGAAAUCAAUCGAAGUCCCCUUACGCUAA